AUGGAUGUUGUGGUAGAUAACACAGCGGAGUCAUGCAAUGAAGUGAAGCCUUCAGUUUUUAAUUGUGCUUGGAAAAGUACACAGCCAGACUAUAUCCGUGACAUUACAAGUUUUCCUCAAUCAGAAAGUCUAUAUGAAAUUCGAAACGAUACUGUGACAUUUGCAAAGGAUGCUGGUUGUGAAGAAGUCAUAGAAGAUGAUGUGAUUGAGUUGCUUAGUGUUCCAGAAAGUCGGUUCGACCUAAAGGAGGAGACCGUUGAAGAUCUGCUGUCCACUGCCUGUCUGCUUCAACUGUCCGAGGUGGUGGAGGCCUGCUGUAACUUCCUCAUGAAACAACUCCAUCCAUCCAACUGUAUUGGGAUCCGACAAUUUGCUGAUGCUCAGGGAUGUAUCGACCUGUACAAGGCCGCCAACAAUUACGUUAUGGAGAACUUUGUUGAAGUAAUGGAGAACCAGGAGUUCUUGAAGCUGGCCCCUGACGAUGUGGGCAAGCUACUGUCUAGCGAAGACCUCAAUGUACCGAGUGAAGAGACCAUAUUCCAGGCCCUAAAGGCCUGGGCUAAACACGACCUCACCAACAGGAAGAGGCAUUUGUCCAAAUUACUGUCUCAUAUAAAACUGCCCCUCAUGGCACCACAGUUCAUAGCCGACCACGUGCGGACAGACCCAAUAUUCUGGGAUGACAAGGAAUGCCAGGAUCUCAUAAUGGAAGCCCUCAUGUACCACGUGUUACCCGAGAGGAGGUCGUCGUUCCAGAGUCAACGGACGAAACCUCGCAAAUCGACAGUCGGAGUUCUUUAUGCCGUCGGAGCAAUGGAUAAUGCAAAAGGUGCCACAACGAUUGAAAGAUAUGACCUCCGCACUAACACGUGGACCCAAGUUGCUAACAUGAACGGACGACGGCUCCAGUUUGGCGUCGCUGUCCUUGAUGGUCGUUUGUAUGUGGUCGGCGGCCGGGACGGUCUGAAGACCCUCAACACUGUUGAAUGUUACGACCCGAAACGGAAAACCUGGAGUUCCAUGCCUCCCAUGUCAACACAUCGACAUGGCUUAGGAGUUGGGGUUCUUGAAGGGCCAAUGUAUGCAGUUGGAGGGCAUGAUGGCUGGUCGUAUUUAAACACAGUCGAAAGGUGGGAUCCUCAAGCGCGCCAGUGGAGUUAUGUUGCCCCCAUGUCAACUCCACGGAGUACUGUAGGAGUAGCUGUUCUUGGAGGAAACCAAUUUAGUAAUAAAUAUAUAACAUAUACAUACAUUUAUACACAGCAAUGUAAUACUGUACUCUGUUUCUUUCUCUACCCGCUCAACAGGUAUGACCCCAAAACAGACCAGUGGACUAUGAUUGCUGCUAUGAGUACCCCUCGGGAUGCAGUAGGAGUGUGUCUACUCGGAGACAGACUGUAUGCCGUCGGCGGAUAUGACGGUCAACAGUAUCUUCAUGAUGUUGAGUGUUAUGACCCAGUGACCAACGAAUGGAGCAAGGCUGCACCACUAUGUACCGGCCGAGCUGGAGCAUGCGUCGUCCACGUGAGCAGUACCAGCUGACUACGAAACCACAGAAGAACUUUGGCGUUGCUCAAGAAAUGGCCUUCAGGGUUCUUCCCCAAAAUGCGCCGAAAAUUCUCUGUCUUCAUCUAAUGCCACAUACCAACACACACCAUUAUAUAUAUGUGUAUAUAUACAUACAUACACAUACACACACAUUAUAUGUUUGUGUGUAUAUUCUAAGUAUACACAUAUACAUGCAUAUAAAUCAACACUUGGCACAGAUAUUUAUACAUACAUAUUUACAUAAAUACAUAUAUAUUUAUACACAUAUAUAAUAUACACACAUACACGCUAGUGUAUGUGUGCACACACCUAUAUAUAUAUAUAUAUACAUACACUUGCACACAACGUUUGUGCGUGUGGGCGGUAUGAUAGGUAGGUGACUUUACAUCAGCCUACCUAUGUCUCAUGAAUUCUCCCAGAGUAAAUGAACAUACAUACAUACAUACACACACACACACCCAGGUACAUAUAUAUAUAUAUAUAUAUAUAUAUAUAUAUACACACACACACACACACACAUACAUACACACACACACACACACACACACACCCAAAGACAACACAGAACUAAUGUGGAAACAGAAUCUUCAAAUCACUAAAAAGACUUCUUACAUUCGACAGACUCUCUCGCUCUCUUCUUUCUUACUUUGUCUACCUCUCUUUUUUUGAAAUGGCAGCUCUAAGGAUUGAACCUCAAUUGGUGUGUGUGUGUAUGGAGUAACAAGGGUGUUGAAUUGUAUACAUAGAGGAAGUGAGUAUAAUUUUUAAAUUCCUGGGAACCUGUUACAGGUUAUGUAAUAUGUAUAUGUGUGUGUGUAUAUAUAUAUAUAUAUAUAUGCAUGUGUUUGUUUAUGAAUAUAUAUGUAUGUGUAUAUAGAUAUGCAUAUACAUACUCUGCUACAACCAUUGGGUCCUUGUUUCUCAGUUUGCUUACCAUAUAUACAUAUUAUACAUGUGUGUGUGUGUGUAUGUAUAUAUAUAUAUAUAUAUAUAUAUAUAUAUAUGAGAGAGAGAGAGAGAGAGAGAGAUAAUACAUACAUAUGUAUCAUACACGUAUAUAUAAUUAUAUAUCUAUCUAUAUAAAUAUAUAUGUCACUAUAUAUGUAUAUGUUAUUACAUAUAGUAUAUAUGUGUGUAUAUAUAUAUAUAUAUAUAUAUAUAUUAUUACAUAUAGUAUAUAUGUGUGUGUGUAUAUAUAUAGUGACUUUACAUAUGUGUGUCUGUGUGUACAUUAAUUGGUGCAAGCUUGGGCAUGUGGUUAAGAAGUUUGCUUUGCUACCACAUAGUUUUAAGUUCAGUCCCACUGUGCAGCUUCUUGGGCAAGUGUAUUGCACAUGGGCCUUAGGCAGACCAAAGUCUUGAGAAUUAAUUUAGGAAACUGUGUUGAAGCCCAUUAUAUGUACACUUGCACUUGCAUAUGUGCAUGUAUUUGUGUUUACAUUUGUCUCCCUCACCACAUAACUGGUGUUGGUUUGUUUACCGCUCCUUGGCAGUUCAUGGAAACAGUAAGACCAAGGACAUGUCUUCUAUUAUUGCCUUGGGCCAACCAAAGCCUUGUGAGUGAAUUUGGUAGAAUAUAUAUAUAUAUAUAUAUAUAUAUAUAUAUAUA